ACAAAGCUGGCAGGGCUGGGGAAGGGUUAGAUGCCGCCUGGGCUCCCACCAGCCCUGAUUCCGGGCUCAGGGAACCUCAGGGACUCCGGGCUGGCAAUUCUGCAGAGAGAGCCAUCAUGGGCUGCCAGAAGCAAUGCCGGGACAGGCCGACCCAGUGUGCCCUGGCUAGCGGAGUUAUCGUGACUCUGGCAUUGACUGUCUGCAUGGCCCUCGCCUUGACACUGAACUGGGACCCCCAGUCAGGCUGCCAGGGGGACGUCUGCCGCCCCGAAGGGGACAUGCUGGGCUACCUGCUGAGCCUCGGCCAGAUCAGCAGCCCAGACGGCCUGCUGGUCACCUGGAGCCAUGGGGCCAACAGCCAGGAUAAGAUGGAGGAGGGCCUGAGCAGCGACUCCAUGGUCCUGGAGGCGGAUGUCAAUAUAGAAGGGCUCAACACAGCCAAUGAGACAGGCGUCCCCAUCAUGGCCCACCCGCCCGCCAUCUACAGUGACAACACCCUGCAGCACUGGCUGGACACCGUGCUGUCCCGCUCCCAGAAGGGCAUCAAACUGGACUUCAAGAGCCUCAAGUCUGUGGGCCCCUCACUGGACCUCCUUCGGCAGCUGACGGAUGCCGGCAGGGUGCAGAGGCCCGUGUGGAUCAAUGCGGACAUCUUGCGCGGCCCCAACAACGCCAUCUCAAUUCCGGUCAACGCCACGCAGUUCCUGGCUCUGGUGCAGGAGAAGUAUCCCAGGACCACCCUGUCCGUGGGCUGGACCACUCUUUAUGCACCCCCGCUCUUCACCAGCCCUUACACCCAGGCCAUGUUGGAGGAGAUGCAGGCACUGGUGGAGGCAGUGCCACAGAAGGUCACCUUCCCUGUGCGGGCUGUCAUGGUGCGGGCGGCCUGGCCCCACUUCAGCUGGCUGCUGGACCAAUCUGACAGGUACACCCUGACACUAUGGCAGGGCACCACGGACUCCGUGUCAGUGGAUGACCUCCUCUACAUCCGGGACAACACAGAGACCCACCGAGUCUACUACGACCUCUUCGAGCCUGUCCUGUCGCAGUUCAAGCAGCUGGCUUUGAACGCCACAAGGAAGCAGAUGUACUACACAGGUGGCAGCCUGAAGCCAUUUUUCCAGCUUCAUGGGGGUGACAGUCUGGGCUUGGAGUGGCUGGUUCCAGAAGUCCAUGGCAAUGGGACCGCAGCCAUGAUCACUCUCCCAGAUAAAGACGGCAUGAUCCUGCUGGACAUCAGCCUCCAAGGACCUGCAGCCAGGGACUCCGUGCCUGUUGUACGUGGCCCAAGUGGCCCUGCCCUGACGCUGGAGUCGUUCCUGCUGCAGCUGGCGAUGCGCCCUGGGCACCGGGGUGUCCACAUGAACAUAGCAGAGCCCGCAGCCCUCCGGCCAGCCCUGACCACCCUGGCAGGCCUCUCCUCCCUUGGCCAACUGCCCUAUCCUGUGUGGGUCGGGGCCACUGUCUCCCAUGGCAGCUUUGUGGUCCCUGGCCACAUGGACGGCAGAGAACUGAUCACAGCUGUGGCUGACGUUUUCCCCCAUGUGACAGUGGCCCCAGGCUGGCCUGAGGAGGUGCUAGACGGUGGCUACGCGGAGCAGCUGAUCACAGAUAUGUUGGAGUUAUGUCAGAAGCUCUGGCAACCUGUGUCCUUCCAGGUGCAGGCUGGGCCGCUGGGGCAGAGCCAGCCAGAGGUAGUGGCCAGGCUACUGGCGGCCUCACCCCGGGCCACUGUCACUGUGCAGAGCAGCCAUGCUGGCAGCAGCCCUGCAGCUGUGCGGGCAGGGCUGCUGGCAGCCAGGGCUGAGGACAGAGGCCGAGUCUACUACAGGCUGCCCCAGGAGCAGCGCCAAAGCUUGCUGGCAGACCUUGGCAAGAACUGACUGCCUGGCAGUGCCGGCCGACCAAGCCCUGGGCCCAGGCUUCACGGAGGGGAGGCAGGAUGAAUAAACACCUGGCCUUCUCCCUGCA